CUCAUCAUCUCGCCAAUCUUCUGUUGAUUCAUUGGAUUUUUCACAUUCUUUUGCAUUGUAUGGGAACGAGUAUGAUGCUUCCAUGGAUCCUGAAUUUCAUGCAAGACUUGCAGCUGACGAAGAUAAACGAAGACGGAAUACAGCAGCAUCCGCCAGAUUUCGUGUAAAAAAGAAGCUUCGUGAACAAACCCUUGAAAAAACUGCAAAAGAUAUGACUGCCAAGGCUGAAGCGCUUGAAGGCAGAGUUAAGGAAUUAGAAUUAGAAAUUAAGUGGUUAAGAAGCUUGAUUGUUGAAAAAGAUUCCAAGCUGCUAGAGGUUGAACGCCCAAAGAAACAAUCAAAAAAGGAUGAGGAGGACAAAUGUGAUGCUGAAGAGCUUGAAGACGAACAACCUCAAGAAUCAAUAUCGAACGAUCAAACAGCUCAAGAAGCUCCGAAUUAA